AUGCCCCCCCUCACGAGCCUCAUCGCCGCCCACGACGGCCCCUUCCACAACUACGAGUUCUUCCCCCCGCGCACCGACGCCGGUCUCGUCAACCUCCUCGAACGAAUCUGCCGUCUCACCUCCGCGCCCCUCCAGCGCCCGCUCGCCGUGUCCAUCACAUGGGGUGCUGGCGGGUCUACAGCGGAGAAGAGUCUGGAACUGGCAGAGCAGGUGGUCAAGAUGGGGGUGGAGGUGGUGCUGCAUUUGACGUGCACGAAUAUGGCCAAGGAAAAGGUCGAUUUGGCCCUGCAGAAAUGUAAAGACCUGGGCAUCCAGAAUAUCCUCGCCCUCCGAGGCGACCCCCCCAGAUCUGAAGAAUACGCCGUCACCCCCAACGUCCCCGACUUUUUCCAACACGCAGACGACCUCGUGCGGUACAUCCGGGCGGAGCACGGAGCCUAUUUUUGCAUUGGUGUUGCCGGUUACCCCACGGCGCAUCCGGAUUCGGAGACGGAUGAGGAUGAGAUGAAGUGGUUGAAGGUCAAGUGUGAUGCGGGGGCAGACUUUAUUGUGACGCAGCUGUUUUAUGAUGUGGAUGGGUUUUUGGCGUGGGUGAAGGAGUGUCGGGCUCAAGGUAUCAAGCAGACCAUUAUCCCUGGUAUCAUGCCCAUCCAAUCUUUCGGCUCUUUCCGCCGUCUUGUCAACCUCACCAAAUGCCCCGUCCCCUCCAGCAUCACCUCCGAUCUCCAGCCCAUCUCCUCUGACGACGCCGCCGUCAAGCAGUACGGCGCAACGCUCGCCACAAAGAUGGUCAAGCAGAUUCUCGACUCUGGCGAGAUCCACGGUGUCCACUUUUGCACCUUGAACUUGGAGAAGAGUGUACGGACGAUUUUGGACAACCUGGACUGGGUGGAGAGGGAUCAGCGGGACAGUGUCAGCAGUCUUGACCGGAAUAGGUUUAUCGAGUCGGACGAGGAUGCCCGCCCCAGUGGUAUCCCGAUCAACGGCAAGACCCGGUCAUACUCCAACUCUGCAUCCCUCUCCAUCUCGCCCUCCGACGCAUCCCACCUCGCCCAACUCGGCCUCACUUCCGUGCUCCCUCCAAAAUCCCAAACACACUCUACUGCUACAGGCGCCCCCUCCGGCCCUGGGGCCACAGGCGAAGACAGCUGGGACGAAUUCCCCAACGGUCGAUUCACCGAUGUGCGUUCGCCUGCUUACGGUGAGAUUGACGGUUGGGGAAGCGGUCUAAAAAUCACCGCUGCCCAAGCUCUCAAAGAAUGGGGCGUCCCCACCACCUUAUCCGACCUGUCCACCCUCUUUACGUCGUACCUCCAAAACAGCCCAGCGACGCCGACGACACCGUUCUGCGAUUUACCGCUCUCCCCGGAAUCGCAGACUAUCCUACCGCACUUGCUCAAGCUCAAUUCUGCCGACAAGUGCUUUUGGACGGUGGGGUCACAGCCGGCGGUGGAUGCGGCGAAGAGCGAGGAUAGUGUGGUUGGCUGGGGGCCGAGAGGGGGGUAUGUGUUUCAGAAGGCGUUUGUAGAGUUUUUUGUGAGGCCGGAGGAGGUGGAGGGGCUUGUGAGGAAGGUGGAUGAGUUGGGGAAGAGUAUGAUCACCCUCUAUGCUUCCAACAAAAAGGGCGACUUUAAGACCAGCACAGAUCCUUCCGCCGUCAACGCCGUCACCUGGGGUGUCUUUCCAGGGCAAGAGAUCGUCCAAUCAACCAUCAUCGAACAAGAAUCCUUCCUCGCUUGGAAAGAAGAAGCGUUCGAUAUCUGGACAGAGUGGGCGGAACUUUACCCGCGACAGUCGGCGGCGAGAAAGUUGUUGGAGGGCGUCAGUGAGGAGUGGUGGUUGGUCAGUUUGAUUCAUCAUGAUUAUAAGAAGGAGGAUGCGCUUUGGAAGUUCUUGCUCGACGCUUGA